AUGAGAAAUAAAGUCCAGAUUAUAACCCCUGAAUAAAGGAGAAAAAUCUUAAGGUUGAAAGUUGACGAAGUAAAAUAUAAAUUGAGAUCUCUAGGCUAACAAGUAUGGAGGAAGAGAAUCAGCUCUAGUACUUUGUUAUUUCGUUAAGAAUACAAUGGGUACUUUGCCUCACGCCUUCUCGUUGUUCGCUCUAAUUUUGCUCUUGACAUCCGGUACAGGAGCCGAUCAAAGCUCCAAGACACGGGCUAUUUUCAAAGGAAGUACUGGAAUAGGAGCUAUUGUGGAUACAAGUUCCCGUAUUGGCAAAGAAGAAAUAGUAGCGAUGGAAGUUGCAAAGGAGGAUUUCUAUAGCUUCGGAAAUCUAACAUUUUUGCUUAUAAAUGACUCUCAAAAGGAUACCAUCCAUGCAGCUCUUGAAGCUAUGGAUCUUAUCGACACACGACAAGUACAAGCCAUUAUAGGACCACGGACAUGGGAAGAGGUGCCAUUAGUUGCUGAGAUUGCCAGAGAAACACAGGUUCCAAUUCUUUCUUUUGCUGACACAGCUCCAGAAUGGGCAACUGAACGAUGGCCUUCUCUACUUCAAGCUUCACCUGAUAAGCGUGCUCAAAUGAAAGCCGUAGCUGCUAUUGUGCAAUCAUGGAACUGGCAUCAGGUCAUUGUGAUAUAUGAAGAUACAGAUUCUUCAGCAAGGGUAGUCAUACCACAUCUACAUGAUGCCCUGAGAGAAGUUAAUUCAGAAGUAAGCCAAUUUGUAGCCUUCUCUCCUUUUGCUUCUUCUGAUUCAAUGUCCAAAGCGCUUGAGAAAAUAAAAAACAAGCAGUACUGUAGAGUCUUUGUUGUUCAUUUGUCCUUCAAAUUGGCUGUGCGGUUAUUUGAACUGGCAAAGAAAAUGGAAAUGAUGAAAAAGGACUAUGUAUGGAUCACAACAGAUCCCUUUACAAGCCUUGUCCAUUCCAUCAAUGCCUCUGUAAUAUCCUCAAUGCAAGGAAUUCUAGGAGUCCGGAGUUACUUCCCUAAAAUAGGAAAGCAUUUCGAGACUUUUAAUCAAACAUUUCGUACACGUUUUAGCAGAAAAUAUCCCCUGGAAGAAAAGAAAGAGCCUGGGAUUUACGCCGUGCAAGCCUAUGAUGCUAUGAGGACAAUAGCUCUUGGAUUAAAUAAGACCGGAAGUAAAAGGGGAGGGAAAGAGUUGUUGGAAAACAUUUUGGACGCAGACUUUCGUGGUUUAUCAGGUAAAGUUAAAUUCAAAAAGCAGAAAGUUGCUGCAGCAGAAAUAUUUGAGAUCGUGAAUGUAAGAGGAACGGGUUACAAUGAACUCGGGUAUUGGUCCAAUGGAUCAGGAUUCUCGGAGAAUAUCCAUGAAAAUUAUACUUAUAACCCGUCGAUGAUUGAUUUUGAGCAAGUGCAUUGGCCAGGGGGGCCUAGGUAUACUCCAAGAGGUUGGACUACACUGACAAGUGCUAAGCGAUUUCGAAUCGGAGUGGCUUCCUUGUCAGGUUACGAAGAAUAUGUGAAAGUGGAAAGUGAUGAUCGCUUGGGAACGAACUUCUCUGGUUUUUCAAUCGAGGUCUUCAAAGCAACUACAGCAAGCAUGCCAUUCUUUCCAUACGAGUUCCAAUACUUCAAUGGAAGUUACAAGGAACUUGUAAAGCAACUUCAUCUAAAGAACUUUGACGCAGUUGUUGGUGAUGUGGAAAUAGUUGCAAGCAGAAACCCAUAUGCAGAAUUCACCUAUCCAUAUACUGAAACAGGAUUGGUGUUGAUCGUCCCGGUCCGUUCGAGCAGUAAAGCAUGGUCAUUCAUUAAACCAUUCACCGCAACCAUGUGGGUUUUAAUCUCAGUGAUUACAGUCUACAAUGGUUUUGUUGUUUGGUGGAUAGAGCGAAAGCAUUGUGAUGAACUACAAGGCUCCAUCCCAAAUCAAAUUGGGAUCAUGAUUUGGUUAUCCUUCAACACUCUUUUCUCCUUGAAUGGGCCAAAGCUUCAUAGCAAUCUAUCAAGGAUGUCAGGGGUGGUGUGGCUGUUUGUGGCUCUAAUCAUCAUACAGACGUACACAGCCAACCUCACAAGCAUGCUAACUGUACAGAGGCUUGAACCCACUAUACCAACCGUUGAAGAACUAUUAAAUAGCAAUAAAAUGGUGGGCUAUUGUACAGGUUCCUAUAUGGAAAGAUAUUUGACGGAAGUUUUAAAAUUCAAGAACCAAAACAUGCAGCAUUUUCAGUCAGCAGAAAGUUAUGUUAAAGGCUUCGAGGAUAAGAAAAUUUCUGCUGCCUUUCUUGGAACUCCCUUUGCCAAGAUAUUCCUUGCAAAAUACUGCAAUAGCUUCAUCCAAAUUGGACCACCGUACAAAAUUGGAGGGUUUGGAUUUGCGUUUCCGCGUGGAUCUCCAUUACUUGCUAGCAUGAAUGAGGCUCUACUGAAUUUAUCAGAAAAGGGAAAGCUACAAGAACUAGAGAAGACAUGGAUUACCCCACAAAAAUGCCCGAAGAUGCCAAGUGAUAGUUCCAGCCUCGGUCCCAGUGGAUUUCGAGAACUUUUCUUUAUAACUGCAUGCACAACAACAAUUGCCUUCGUCAUAUACGUCUGUCGCACUAAUUUGUUGAGGCAUAAAAACAUAUGGGGAAUUAUCUCAGCUGUACUGAAACGGUGGCUCUCUUCGAGGAGGCACCUCACUAGUAGAAGAGUUGCCAACGUAGAAAUUCCACCAAAAGCUUUUCCAGAGGCUCCAGUCUCGCUGGCUUGAAUUUAAUUAGCCAUAGAAAGCCGUUGUUGUGAGGAGAAAUCUAACAAAAUUGAUGAAGCUAUGCAGAUUUAUACAUUACUGUACAUGUUGCUUGUGAUUAGAAUACAAAUUAGCUAAAGGGAUAAUUAUCGUGAUUGUCAUUUAGUUAUGUGAUUUUCACUUUCCCUCU